GCGGCGGCGGCGGCGCGCGGGGGCCCGUCUGGUCGGCGCCCAUCCUCCGGGCCGGCCUCCCGGCGCGCGGGGAGAGGGAGGCGCCCAGUGGCCCCCAGACAGCCGCGGGCGCCUGGGGUGCGGGCGGGGGCGCGGGCUCCUCCGCCGCGCGGCGCUGAGCGAGCCUGUCCCGCAGGUCUGGAUGCUGGCGGCCGGCGUCCUGCUGGCGCUGUAUGCGGGCCGAGCCGCGGGCGCCCCGAGGGCGGGCAGGCGCCCGGCGCGGCCGCGGGGCUGCGCGGACCGGCCCGAGGAGCUCCUGGAGCAGCUGUACGGGCGGCUGGCGGCAGGCGUGCUCAGCGCCUUCCACCACACGCUACAGCUGGAGCCGCGCGAGCAGGCGCGCAACGAGAGCUGCCCGACAGGGGGCAGGCCAGCCGACCGGCGCUUCCGGCCGCCCACCAACCUGCGCAGCGUGUCGCCCUGGGCCUACAGAAUUUCCUACGACCCUGCCAGGUACCCCAAGUACCUGCCUGAGGCCUACUGCCUGUGCAGGGGCUGCCUGACCGGGCUGUUCGGGGAGGAGGAUUUUCACUUCCGCAGCACCCCGGUGUACAUGCCCACCGCCAUCCUCCGGAGGACCUCCGCCUGCGCCGGGGGCCGCUCCGUGUACACAGAGGAGUACGUCACCAUCCCCGUGGGCUGCACCUGCGUCCCCGAGCCGGAGAAGGAAGCCAACAGUGUCAACUCCAGCAUGGACAAGCGGGGUGCCAAGCCCGGCCGGCCCUGAGGCCACGCAGCCCCACCAGCCAGCGCUCUCCCUGAGCCCUGUGCCCUUGUUCAGCGGCCUCGUGGGGGGGGUGGGGGGGACCAAGAGCUCAAGCAGAAGAGCCCUGGGGAGGGCUUUGGUCUAGACUACCUGGCGGCUACUCAUAGGGCAUUCCCUGGGUCUCCUGUAGGCAAAAACUGAGGGGAUGUGGCCCAGUUGAUGGCACAGGGUCAGGACCCCCGAGGGUGACCAGGGCCUUGGGUUAGGAAGUGUUCAUUGAUGCUCCUCUGGGCCCAGGCCGCCUCCCUGUGCCACAGGGCCACACUGGGUGCUGUGAGGGAUACACAGGGCCCUCCUGGAAGAGGUCAGAGCCACCACAGGAGAGAGGACAGGUGCUUAAAAAAUAAUCUGUUUUUAAAAAGAAAAAUACCUACUUUUUUUAUUCAACUGUUUUCAAUAAGGGCAGAAAUUAUUUUUAUAUUAGCAAUUUUGAGCAAGUAUAUUGAAAACUUUUCACUUGACAUAUAAGCAUUUUAUAAACACUCAGUUUUCACCUCCUCUGGUAGGACUUUCACCAGCACGAUCAGAAUCUGCAGGUAAACUCUCAGUGGGCACUGUGGCCUGGGCUCUGGAGCCAGCCCGCCUGGACCCUGCAUGGAAAUGGAAACACAGCCCUGAAUCUGCCAGUUCCUCCUCCCACUAGAGACCCCGCAGGCUGCCACGUGAAUGAAAGGGAUGCACCGGAGGCCCAGAUCACCCCCAGACUGGCCACAAUCCCAGAAAUCUCAAAUUUGGUUUAUUUGUGAGCACAUAAAUGGCCAAAGAUUUACACAAUAUUGUUUUUUUCACUUCUGAAAGUCAGCAGGGACAAUUUGUGGUGGAUAGGUGGUGAGAUAAGGCAAGAGGUAGAAUGCUGGGCCUUUGCCAAAUCUCAGGAAGAAUCCAAGUUUUGGUUUAGCUAUAAGGGAUUUAGGAACAAGCCAAACAGGAGAAAAUGGGCCAACUUACUAUUUCCAGAAAUCAGUAUUGGAGGCCUCAUUUUUACAUACUGCAGUCUGAGCUAAAUGCUAACUCUUUUCUUUAGGCUGAAAGCCUGUCCCUAAACACAAUUAUCUGUAAAAACGGGAAGUUCUUUUUGUAUCAUUAAAGCAACUGGAAGUGAA